AUGGAUACUUAUAUUGUUACCAAUUCAUGCUCUACUAAAAAAGAAGGUUCUACAUUACGUUCAAGAAUCUCAAAAUCUCAUCAUACACUUUAUAAAACAAUAAAUAAAUUUCCUGAUCAAGUUGAAAAAAGAAAUGAAAGAGAGAGAAGGAGAGUUCAACAGGUUAAUCUUGGAUAUAUUAAACUUGGUGAACAUGUCCCUAAAUGGAGAACAAAUAAUAAAAAAUUAUCAAAAGUGGAGACAUUACGUGAGGCAGCUAAAUAUAUUGAAUAUUUACAAAAUUUACUUAAAGAAUCAAAUAAAAAUAAUAAUGAAAAUCAAAUAUUAAAAUCAACAAAUAAUUUUAAUAAUUCAUUUUCAUCCUCCUCUGAUGGAGAAUCUUUUUAUCAAUGUUCUGAGGGAUCAUCAUAUACAUCAUCAUCAAUUACUUCAUCAUCACCUAUAACACAAUAUUAUGAUACACAAAAUAUUUUACAAUCAAAUUCUUAUCAACAAAUGUUUCAUCAACAAAAUUAUUAUCCAAAUUAUCAAGAAUAUUCAUAUACAAAUAUAAAAAAUGAAGAGACAUACUAUUAA